GCAUUUUUGUAAGAUAAAUACCCAUAUUUUAAAUGUAAUAAACACUUUUGCUCACUUCUGCUGACUGUGGUACGUGGACACCGUCCAGGCGGAUGACGUAGGAUGUCAGCGUCGUGCGCGCCCCUGAGAAAUGCAGGAGCAAAGGAAACAAAGUUUCCAUACUUUAGCAAAGGAAAACCAGUCUCCUCUUGACUUAUAUCGAAAUCCUCCAACAUUUUUCUUUACAAAUCCUCAUUUUCCUAAUUCGUGACCGGUGUUUUGUUUUGUUCUCUCUCCACGCUCGUCACUAAUCACGCAACUCCGAAGUCCCACGUCAUCCAAGUGAGAGAAAAGUGCUUUUUACGUUUGAAAUAUGGAUAUUUAUCUUACAAAAACAUGUUGCAGGCAAAUGAAAUGGAAAGAAAUUAAAUAAGAGGGCAAAACAUCAAAGAGUUUGGGGAUGGACUCUUUUGAGUUGGGUUUGUAAAUAACCACCCAGCAUACCUUAUGUCAAGUCUAUUCAAUUCCCGGUACGGUAUUAAGAUGGCUUACUUGAGGCCAUGCAAGGCUGUAAGACACUCUAAUCUCUGGAGGUGAGUCUUGAGCAUCUAGACUUCUGAGACUACAGGAGAUGUGGCUAAGGAUAGCUCCUCUAAGGGGAUUACUGGAAGUGUGAGGGAGUGUCCUAUGACACGCAUGACAAGCCAGCGCUCAAGGAUUAGGCCAUUAGUGAUUAGUUGAGUCACACCACAGGCACCAAGGACACAGCCACUCUCAUAUCUGCCACUCUUACACUCUGCAACCCAGACCUACAGCUUCCACUAGAAACCAUGUCGAAGGAAAAACUGGAAGGCUUGGUGAAGCGCAUGGAGGUGACCCUCGUGGAGAUGGAGCAGCUGAAGCUGCACUGUGGCCGGCAGAGCGAGGAGCUGAGCCAGCUGGUGGUGGAGCUCCGCAGGGAGAACCAGGAGCUCACGGAGAAGUACAACCAGCUGGCCCAGGACAUGAAGGAGGCCAAGGAAAUCAUCGAGCAGUUGCAGGACACCAAGUACGCUUUUGACGCAAAGGAGAGGCAAGCCCAGAAGCUCAGCCGACAACUCUGAAAAGACCACAAAAGGACUGACGACCCAAUGUUUACUAGGUGCACGAUGGGAAUAUUUUUGAUUACAGAGACUUGUUACAAAGGAGUGAAGGAAACUACAUGGACUUGGAAACGUAUUUAAUAAUUACACACUGUGUGCAUCUGCUGGUGUGUUUUAGGUCCAGGAGUGAACCAAUGUAAAAUAUGCUGAUGUUAAUGUACCUUAGUUCACCCCUUAAAUGUUUGGUUUCUGUGUAAUGAAAGAAUGGCGGUCUGCAAUUUUUUGCUAACAGAAAAUCCUAGAUUACGGUUGAAGAAGGUACAAAGCCAUGAUACUAGAAUCGUUAAGCUGCCAGUAUUUGAAAAAUGAGGUAGUUGUGAAACUGUGGCAAUGACGAAGCAUAUUGUGAAGUGAACCCCUGUCAUUUAACAAAUUAAAAUCACACUCUGGUGGAUUAAUGCCUGAACACAUGGUCGACCUACAGAGGGUUAUCUAACCAAAUGUAAAAUGGCUGAAUCCUGCUGGCGACUGUACAUGUGAGUCAGUAGUUUUAAAGCAAUCAUGGAAACACUCUUUUUUGGACCCUAAAUCCAAAGGGUGGUGGUUCGGUUAUAGAUCGCGCCAGCAUGGGUUUUGGUGCCCUGUAUAGCUGCAAAGUUUAUAUCCAAAUGUAUCCUUUUCCAGGUAAUCGGUUUAGAAAGAUGACUAGAUCAAGCUUUGCCAUGUGCAUGGAUUUUCAAAAUGCCUUUGAAUGAAGACCUUGAUUUAUGGUUAUCCUCAUCUUAUACUCUCAACAUUACAUAAACCAAUCACUCCUUAUGCAUUAGAGGCUUUUCUAAUGCAUUUUUGGGCCCUGUCACAAUAUGCAAAGCCAGGUAUUUAGGGGAAAAAAUAGUUAUGCUGAUAGUCCAUCUAAACCUAAUAAAACAGCUCCAGUAAUUGGCCUGUUCCUAAAGUCAAGAAAACUAUCCAAUUUGGGAAAUUUAGAGGUACUUCCUUUAGUGAAGUGUCCACUAUUGGUGCAGUGGUUUCACAUUGAAAAUGCCUUCUAAUUUGAAUGAGAAAUUUGUAAAAUAUUGGUAUAAAUUAUAAUUCCAGAUUAAAAUCAGUGAUUUUAUCCUUGUAUCUUUUAGCAGACCCAUACCUUAAUAUGUCCCAUUCAUGAAAUAUUUUGAUACUGGCAAAAUAAGUAAUUUCGCUGUAGUGCACUGUGGGGAAAACACUUGCAUAGCACCCUGAAUG